AUGGCAAAUGUAAUGAACGGUCAAAUAGCUAUGACAUUAGUUUGGUCAAACUUGUCAAGUGCACGACGGUUGUUUAGUUUUAGUCAGUCUGUGAUGCAAACUACAGCUAAAUUACUGGAGUUACAAAUCACAAUAAAAAGCACUGUCAAGAUUGUUAACGUUUUCAAAACUCGUAGAACUAUACGUAUACUGAGAAAAUAUUAUAGACUUUCACCAACACAAGUGUCACAAACAUUAACAAUGACAACAGAAGAAAAUCACCCAGAUACAACAAUUGAAAAUUUGGAUAAAUCUCAAUUAGAUACCAGUAAAGAAGAUGAUUCAUUUUUUGAAUAUUCAAAAGCUAGUGAUGUUGAAAGUGUUUCGAAAGACAAAGUGCCAAAUGUAUUAUCGCAAAUUUCAGUCGAUACUCAACCACUGAAUGAUUAUGAUAAAUCACAAGAGGUUACAGACAAUGCAGCAACAACUGAUGCAAAAUCCAAAACAAACGUUCCUCCACUGAAAAAGAUUAUACGAUCUUCGAUUACAGAAACUGAAGAAGUUAAAGAGAAGUCUGUUAAAUCCUACUUUGAUACUGUUUCAUCAGCUGGUUAUCCGACAUCACCACCAGAGUUUUCUGACUAUGUCAAGACACGUGCAGCCAAUAAAUAUCCGAGUUAUUCAUCCUCUUGCAGUUCAUAUCAAUAUCAUCAUCAAGUUGAAAAUUUUCCUAAAAAAUCAAAUGACACUAUUAAUGGCCAUAGUAAUGUGACAACGCAUAAAGUUAUUUCUACAGUUAAUAAAAUGACACCGGAGAGUAUGACACCUCAAACGAAUAAUUAUGAAAGUAUAUCAAGACCACAAAUCAGUGUCCCUAUUAAAAUACGACGUAUACCACAAGAUGUUCGUAUUAUUCAUGCAUCCAAUUCAUCUGCAUUAAAUAAAUUAGAUGAAUUUAAACGAAACUGUGAACGAGCAACAAGACAAUGGGAACAAGUGAUCAAUACUAAAAAUGGUAAUAAAUUGUCAGAAGAAAUAAUGUUUCAACGAAUACAUGAAUUAGAAUCCAAUGUAAAAGAGGCUGAAAAUUUAUUAAAACUGUUUGCAGCAGAAAUACGUGAAGUACGUGCAACAGCUGAUUAUUGGUCAAAGAAAACAACCAGCUUAGAAAAAUCUUAUCAUAAUCUGCAUGGAAAAGUGAAAGAUUAUCGACUGAAUGCUAAACAGAGUGAAAAUGAUUUCUUGAAAGCUAUGGAAGAACGUGAAUACUUUUUACAAAGUCUUCGAGAAUCAGAAAUAAGAGAGCAUAAUUUAUCGAAUUUGCUUCAACGUGUUGAAGAUGAAUAUAAUACUUUGUCAAGAGAUAUAAGAAUUUUAGAACGAGCUCACACUAAAAAAGACCGUCAGUUACAAACUUUACUGCUUGAAAAAAACGAACUUUCUCGGAAAAUUAUACAUUUGGAAUCAAGCUUACAUAAAUUAAAACAUCGAGCAGAUUAUACAUAUCGGCAAAAACAUCCAUCUCAUGUAGAUGAACACUUGGGUCGAUUUCAUACUCAAACUGGUGAUGAGUCAGAAUAUCUGCUAAGCGACUUCGGGUCAUUGGAUAGAAACCCAAAAUCCUACGCAACUGCUGCACCAGUAGAAGAAAGACAAAACAAGAGCAAUUUAAUCGGUAAUAAUCAAAAUUUAGAUGAUUCAGAUACUUAUAUACCACAGAAAUCAGAAGUAUACAAAGUCAGAGGAUCAGUGGAAAUGUUAGAUAGUAAAAAGCAAAGUUAUUCAUUCAAUAAAAACAUUCCAAUUUCGUUAGUACCCACAAAAAUAAGUGAAAAUUCUAUCAAUACACCGGAUCAAAAAGAUACGCUUGAUGAUCAAAAUAUUGAUUUGUUGCCAACAACUAUUGAGAAUGAUGAACAAAAUCUUCAAUCAAAUCAUUUAAUGCAACAUCCAUCAGUUGAAAAAAGUAUGGAUGAUUUAUCUGAUACUUUAGUGGAUUUACAUAAUUUAACAAGGCAAGAUGAUGGGGAUGUUGAAAUACAACCAAGAGAUUCAGCAUAUAAUCAUACUAGAAAAUGGAGUAUUGCAUCCGAUUAUCGAUAUUCUCCCAAUCAACAUAUUAGGCAAACAAAGAAAGAUGCUUUGUCAACUGAAGAUGAAUCAUCAAAGCAUAGAUCACAAGUGCAAGUUAUUAUUGGACGAUCACCAUCGAAUGAUAAAAAACGCAGAACACUUCAUCCCAGUCAUACUCAUAAAAAGUAUUCAUAUAAAAAAAUGUAUGAUCAACCUGUAUUACCGUCUGUAUUCAGUACGAACAGCCUUCGAUUUAAUAAACAUCGUCCAGCAUCAGUCUCUGGUUAUUUAGAUGAGUUUGGAUUAACUAAACCAUAUGAUUUGUACCCUGUGCCAUCUUCAGCUAGACCAAGUACUAGUUUUGGACAUUUACACAAUUCUAAACGUUUUAAGUCUUUAGAUAGAGACUAUUAUAAUUCGUGUCAAAAUUUAACUACAAAACCUUACUCCACUUUGAAGAUGAAUCGUCAAUUAAAUCGACAACCUUUAAUGGUUCAUUCACUUUCGGAUCGUCGUCUAAAAGAUAUGAAUUAUUUACGUCACGGUAAUCGUAUGGAUGGCGAAUAUGAACGGAUUUACUUUCCCCAGUCAUAUUCAACACAUCAUUUGAAAAUUCCAGAAAAGGCAUGUCUGGAAAGCAGUCUAGAUCAUAUCAAUCUGGAGGUGGAUCGUUUACGUGAUUGUAUUAAACAAUUAAAUCCAUAA